AUGGCUGAAGAAGCCGCCACUGCAAUCAAUAAUGACUGGAACCUCGAUGCUGCACGCAGACUGCUUCGAGCGUUCACAGUGUCACCUACCUCAUUCGACAGACCCAACGCCGCGACGGAUGCUGCCGCCGAUAACUUCGAUGUCGCCGCGUAUGACCCUUCCGAAUCCGAACCGACUUCGCUAGGUGAUUUCGAUCGAUUGUGGCGAUUUCGUGGUGUGCCCACUGGCAGCCACCCGCACCGUUCUCGACAUGGCUCAACUGAGUCUUCCUCUUCUUCCAUCUCAUCAGCCGGCUCUACCGCACCAUCUUCUGCCCCCGAAAUCGCCUCGGACGGCGCUGAUGGUGUCGGCAAGGGUCUCGAUACCGACGAAGCAACCGAGGGUGAGGACUUCAGCGACUUCGUCAACAGAAACAAAGCUGUUCGAUGGAAAGAUGAGGUCAGUGGGUUGGAACUCUCGACUACGCGGAGAAGAAGUGCUGCUCCCUCGGCUACAGAUGUUGAUGUGGAAAAGCUGAGCAAGCUUAUUCGAAUGGAGGACAGAGCCUUUGGCAAUUUACUAUUCAACAGUGUUAUGGGGCAGAGCCGGGGGGAGCAUUCUGCUGGAGGAAGCACCACACCGACGUUUCACAUGACUCUUCGGUCGGCAAAGAAGCAUGGCCUUAUACCCGCCAUACUCCCAGCUGCUCCACCAAGCCUCUCUUUAACGCCACCUAGCUAUCUCGAUACCCGUUUGAUACAACCACGACUCGCUCUGACAGCCACUGAAAAGAAGGCCCUGCUUGUAAGAAAGCUGCGAGAGAAGAAAUUGCUAGCGCAAGAUUUCGAUGCAAGCUUGGCCGUGGCUAGGUGGGGCGAGAACGUUCGGUCAGACGGCUUACACGUGUUCGUUGAUCUUUCCAAUAUCAACAUUGGCUUCUUCAAUGAGUUGAAAAAACUUCGAGGGAUUGGAAAAGGGAACAGCCCGAAAAUGCCUCCAAUUGCAUUUCAUUCUUUAGCUUUUAUACUAGAAAGAAACCGCCCAGUCUUUCGACGCGUUUUGGCUGGGUCUCAUGGAGGUCUAAUGCACGGCCACCGUGCAAGGCGACCUGAUCAUAUGUACGACGCUGAAAAAUGCGGGUACGAAUUGAACAUCCUGGAACCUGUGUUCAAGGUGAAGUCUUUAGCGCCGGUUCGAAAAAACAGAAACGGAACUGGAAACGGGUAUGCCACAACCUCAGGCCAUUCAAGUGGCUCUGAUGGGCCUACCCCUGGAACCCAGGUUCGUCAAGAGCAGUGCGUUGAUGAAAUAUUACAAAUGAAGAUGUUAGAAAGUCUGGUAGAUGUUGAGGAACCCUCGACACUUGUCCUGGCUAGUGGCGACGGCGCAGAAGCAGAAUACUCUGGCGGGUUCUUAAAAAUGGUUGAGCGUUUCCUGCGAAAGGGAUGGAAUGUUGAAUUGUUUGCAUGGUCGGAUGGGUUGAGCAUGGAGUAUCGGUCGAAAUCUUUUACGAGCAGAUGGAAUGGUCGUUUUCGUGUCAUUGAACUCGACGAUUUUUCCGAGGUAUUAUUGGCGAUGUAUGCUGACGAUUUUCCGGAGCGUAUGAAAGCGGCAUUGUGA